AUGGCAGAACCCGCCAUCGUGGCACUCAAUUCGCUCCUCCGCAGCGCCUCGAUUGACGACCAUGCCCAAGCUCUUGACCUCGCAAGUGCCGCUAUACGCGCUGCAAAGGGCAACGGUCCCGACCUGGCCGCAGUCCAACACGCACGCGUGGUCGCACUCCUGAAGCUCGACCGCUAUGACGACGCCCUGCGCGCCAUCGCCGAGGGCGGCGAUGCCCUCGAGAAGCAGUGCAUGUUCGAAAAGGCCUACGCCCUAUACAAGACCGGCGAUCUAGCGGGUGCCGAGGUGGUUCUGAGGGCAGCUGGCCCCGUUGCGGGCAGGGUGAAGAGGGGUCUCAAGCAUGUUGCCGGCCAGGUGGCCUACCGUGCCGAGAAGUUCGACCAAGCCGCUGCUAUUUAUCACGAACUGUCCGCCAACGACGAGGACGCGAAGUACGGCGAGGAAAACGACCUGCGUAUCAACCUGGCCGCCACCAAUGCCCAGCUUCAAUGGCAGGGAAAGAGCUGGGCUGUGCCUGAGGAGGAGAAGAAGCCAGCUGGAGAGGAUCUAGAGGCUUUUGAGACCGCGUACAAUGCAGCUUGCGGCUGCAUUUCACGGGGAGAAUUCGAGCAGGCUGCUGUGUUGCUUAAGCGCUCGAGAGACCUCUGUGAGACCACCGAAGACUUGAGCGAGGAGGAGAAGAAGGCAGAGUUGGUGCCAAUCAUCGUCCAACAGGCAUACGUUUUUACCCAACUUGGCAGAUUUGAGGAAGCGGCAGCCCUUCAAAAGUCAUUAGACUUCAAGGAAAUCGGGGAGUCUUCAACCAAGGUUGUGGCACAAACGAAUGCUCUCUUCCUUCGAGGGGAAAUCAAUCCAUACCUGGCGCAACGACUGUCAGAGUUAAUACCUGAGAUUAAGGGCAACGAUCGGCUCUUCGAGUACCAAGACUCGGUGCUUAAACACAACAAGAGCGUCCUGAACCUCCAAGCUCAAAAGUUUGAGGGUGUUGAGAGGGCAGCUUCUAAGUUUCUGUCCCAGCAGCCAGUUCCAUCGCUCUCGAAAUCCAACGUCGAUCUCGGUGUCCUUGGUGCUGCUGCCGCCAGUCAACUAAAGACUGGCAAGGAAGCUCUGCGGCACAUUCUUCCCCUGCUCAAGUCAAGACCGGACGAUGUAGGUCUGCUUCUCACUGCCAUUCAGUUCUACGUCCAGCUCGAAAACCCUGCCGCUGCUGUCAACCUCCUUGAGGCCUUUUUCAAGCGCCUCGAGACUGCCAACACACCCGAUCAUGCAGAUGUGAGAUUUGCCCCUGGCCUCGUUGCCCUUGCUGUCUCUCUCUACCGGAUCCAGGGCCGCUACUCCUCCAUCCGCAGCGAGCUCGCGAAGGCAGCUGUCCACUGGCAGAAAAAGACUGAUCUUGGCGCCCCUGGCCCGGGUAUCGACCUUCUGCGCGCAGCCGGCAUUGAGCUGCUCCGCUCAUCUCACCCAGCGGAUCUGGCUGCCGCGGGUGAAGCUUUCUCUCACCUCAUUGCGGCUCGACCGAACGACCCCGUCGUCCAAGCAGGUAUAGUGGCUAGCUUUGCAACGACCGAUAUAGAGAAGGCGAAGCCUUACCUCGACGUCCUCCCAUCGGCGGACGAAGUAACCGCGAACGUCGACGUCCAGGCUCUCCUCGCAGCCGGUGUCGCUGCCCCACUGCCCGUGGCCCAGCCCACGAGGGGCAAGAAGCGAACGCUGGCCGAGGCCGAUGUUCCAGCUGUACAGAAGCAGCAGCCAUCACAGCAAACAGCAACCAAGAAGCGGCGCAAGCGCAAGCUUCCCAAGUCGUACGACCCGGACAAAAAACCCGAUCCAGAGCGCUGGCUGCCGAUGCGCGACCGCAGCUACUACAAGCCGCCCAAGGGCAAGAAGGGCAAACGCGGGCGGGCCGCUGAGGCGACGAUGCAGGGCGGUAUAGUGCGCGAGGAGCAUGAGACACUCGAGUUGGUGGCAGGCGCGGGGUCCGUCAAGGUGGAGAAAGCACCUUCUGGAGGUGGGGGGGUUGGGAAAAAAAAGAAGAAGGGGAAGAAAUGA